AUGGGGAAAAGUUCUGUUGAGGUGAGAGCUCGGAUUAUGUUCAUUGGCCCCAUCACUAGAGCUGUUGGACUUACCAUGAAUCCACACCUUUUACAAGGCCAUCUUCCCCCUUCGCAUGUUAGAGCUGGAGAUGUUUAUGAAGAUGCACGCAUUAUAAGGAUUGAUGGGAGAUCCGGGCUUUUGCUUGAGGUUUCUUCUAGUCCUGUUCAUACACCUGCGUAUGUCAAGACAUCCGAUGCAACUGAUGAGGAAGGUUUUAAGUUGGAGAAGAAAUUCAAGGAAGGGAAUGUGGUUCGUGUUCGUGUUCUUGAUUUCAGACAGAUGGAAGGGUUAGCCAUAUGUGCUGUUAAGGCAUCUGCAUUUGAAGAGUCUUUUUUCACCCAUGCUGAUGUCAAACCUGGUAUGGUGGUCAGGGGAAAGGUCAUUAAGAUUGAAGUGGAUGCUGCGGUAAUUCAGUUUUUAGGAGGUUUAAAGGCACUUUGUCCUCUCCAACAUAUGUCAGAACAUAGUCUUGCAAAGCCCCCCAAGAAAUUUAAGGUUGGGGUGGAUCUAGUAUUCCGGGUCCUCGGAGGCAAAUCAAAGCGCAUUAUGGUUACACAUAAAAGAACUCUUAGUGAUUCUAUGUGGACCCAUGCAAUGCGAAAAGAGAUGGAAGCUUUGAAUAUGAAUGAAACAUGGGAAGUGGUAAAAAUCCUCGAAGCAGCUCAUCUGGUCGGAUCCAAAUGGGUUUACACCAUUAAGUACAAAACAGACGGGAUUGUGGAUAGGUACAAAGCUCACCUCGUUGCCAAAGGAUUCAAUAAAAAAUAUGGAAUCGACAAUUUAGAGACUUUUGCUCAUGUUGCUAAGAUGAAGACUGUCAGAGUUCUUUGGCUGUGA